AUGCUACUAUGGAUAGGGCAUCUAGCCCAUUAUGCUGAUGUGUGUGCCUCCAAGCUAGAGGCUACCAUCCCUGGGAUGGUUGAGAGAGCUCUCACAGCUGCUCUAACACCUCUUAGAGAGUCUAUUGAUGCCCUCACGGCAAGGACAGAGGUGUGUGAGAGAGGUCAGGGAGCCACUCAUGAAGUGAUGAUCCUAAAGGCCGCAAUUGUAGAAUUGAGAAAAGAUGUGGACCAGCUAAAGUCCACAGAUAUGUCGAUGCUUUUUGGGACAGUGGAGAUCCCUGAUGACCUGGACACAGAUACUCCAGCUUAUUCUGAUGUGCCUCCGGCUACCACCGGAGAUAAGGUUAGAGCUGAUGAUGCGGCUGCAGAGUCCAAGGCUGAGAAUGAUAAGGAGCAGCUCGAUGUCUAG